AAGAAUUUCGCAUGUAUUAUCGGAAAUCCCCAUUCUCUUGUCUUCGCUGUGAUGACGGAACAUCUUGUGAUUUGCCUGGUUUUUAGACAAAUCGGGCGUAUUUAUUCGAAAGUUUACGGCUCAUGAAUCUGAAAUGGCUCGUCUCGUAACACAGAUGAGCUUUAAAGAGGAGGUUGAAUUCAACGAUAUAGACUUUGAGAAGGUUGUCGGCAAAGGAGCGUUUGGAGUGGUGAGUAAAGCAUCAUGGCGAGGUAUGAACGUGGCUGUCAAGAUGAUUGAGUCAGAAGAGGAGAUCAAAGCCUUCAGAGUUGAGGUGAUGCAGCUGUCCAGGGUAGAUCAUCCCAACAUCGUGAAGCUCUAUGGGGCUUGCACCACCCAACCGGUAUGCCUAGUCAUGGAGUUUGCCGAGGGCGGGUCUCUGUACAAUGUCCUACAUAGCAGCCAGCCCCAACCCAUCUACAAGGCUGCCCAUGCUAUGAGCUGGGCCCUACAGUGCGCCAAGGGAGUGGACUACCUGCACAGUAUGAAACCAAAGAAACUUAUUCACAGGGAUCUCAAACCAGCAAAUUUGUUGCUGAUGUCGGGUGGCACGGUGCUGAAGAUCUGUGACUUUGGGACGGCAUGUGAUUUCCAGACCUACAUGACCAAUAACAAAGGCAGUGCUGCAUGGAUGGCUCCAGAGGUGUUUGAAGGAAGGACGUACAGUGAGAAGUGCGAUAUCUUCAGCUGGGGAGUCAUUCUUUGGGAGGUUAUAUCAAGAAGAAAACCCUUUGAUGAUAUAGGUGGCCCAGCUUUCCGUAUCAUGUGGGCUGUGCAUAAUGGCCGUAGACCACCCUUAAUCAGAAAUAUACCAAAGCCUUUGGAUAAGUUAAUGACAAGGUGUUGGUCUCAGGAAUCCACCAUGAGGCCGUCAAUGCACGAAGUCGUCAGUAUCAUGUCAAACCUUAUGUUGGUUUUUAAAGGAGCUGACCAACCUCUUGUGUAUCCUCAGGUCUCAGAGGAAGAGGAAGGUGCUGGCAGAGGAAUGGCAGACAGAUUGGCGGAACAGACGGCUGAUAUGAGUAUCUCAAGUAACUCCGGGAGCACUAUCAGCGACACCGUCAUACACUCCUCCAGUAGUCAUAGCAACGGUCCACAAGAUCCACAGAAGAUUGAACCUCAUGCUGCAUUCAGUGAUUCUUCACCGGUCCAUUCAAGCGCUAAGGACCAGCAGAAACGCCAUUCCGUGGACCUUCUAGACCUGAGAGUCGACAAUGAUAACAGUGCAAAGUCUGCCGUUAAAUCCCAUCGUCGGUGUAACUCCCACGGGCGAAUCCUUGACUUUCCUCCCCUCCCUACCAAAGCACCGGUCUCCACCCCACCCCCUCCCACCCUCAACCCCCCAUUCCUGGCCCCAUCUCCCGUGACCCCCACCCCAGUCCUCUCUCCAACCACCAACAACCCUCCACCCCGUGCCACCACACCCACACCCAUGUACCCCCAUCAGUCUUACCCCACCACGCCCCCCAUGCACCCCCCUCACCAUUCCAUAUCCGUCCCCAAUGACCUCUCUGAGCUGGACCACCCCCGUCAGAGACCCAACUCCUACCACAGCACCUCCUACCACACCCCACCGACAACCCUCGCCCAACCCCAUCGCCACAGCUCCAUUGAGCUACGGCAGGACAUUACGCCCCUCCCCCAACAUCCUUCUUAUCCACCUACUACAGUGCUGGAGAGCCGUAUGGGGACCAGGGAGUCCACAGGUUCCAGCACUGGACAGGGGCGCUAUGACCGUAGCCAAUCGCUGGAACAGAGAGUCUCGUCAAGCAGAAUGAAAAAUGAUGACUCAGAUGUAUCUAUGGCUUACAGUACACUGGAACCCCAUCUACAGCCUCUUCCACCAAACCCUAAUUCCAGGGAAUCACAAGAUAUAUUUGAUGAACACAUGAGGAUGGCCCAAGAAUUCCUUCGUGUUCAAACCGAGUUGGCUCUGCUCCAUACAAGAAAGAAAGAGUUAGCCGAAGCACUUGAUCAGGACUGGAAGGACAAACAAGCCAGCUUCAAAUUAAUCGAGGAAUACAACACUCUACAGGGAGAAAAGGAGAGCCUUGUGGAGCUUCACAAACGUAGAAGGUCUCAGCUUGACAUGUUCAGACUUCAGAUGCAGAGACAACAAUUCAGGAGAAUGUGAAUGCAUCGUGGUACUUCAAAUCUCUUGCAGAUUGGAAAUAGUGGACAUGUUCACACUGCUGCAAUUGCAAGAUUUAAUCCAGCGAACAAACAUAUUUAUUGAUGUAUCGUGAAUGAGACGGUGUGUGCUUUUCUGGUAUCGUCGAAUGAACCCUGCAACCUCUUAAGAUGGGUCUGCGAUGAUGAUGAUACCUACGCUUGCUGAAGGAGAAUGGGAUGUGAGACUGUAUUUACACAAGAAGAGUCAGCGAAAAUUAAAAAUGAGUUAUGUAACAAAUACAUAUUGGCUAUCUCCUAUUUUGAAAAUGUUAUACAAAUAAUACACAGCAGUGAGGGCAUUAGUAUGA